AAGUGUAAAUUAAUAUUCGGAAAACAAAUUAUAUUUUCAAAUCAAAAACAGAUUUAUUUUCAUAAGAAACGCGAUCAAAGAACAAAAAAGAGAUAGAAUAGUCAAGCGACUGCUUUUUGUGUAAUACUUGUGCCUGUAAAAAUAAAAAGAAUUAAUCAAAAUGGUGGGCACAACACUUAAAAUGCGUGACGACGAGAACGCUUGGAAGAAUUUCAAACAAGUGCAACUGAAGAAAUUGACAAAGCCUUCACAGGAGGCAACAACAAAAUGCGCUGCUUUGGGAGAUUUACUCCAGCUCACAGAUGCCCGUCGCAAUGCCACGGCUCGAGUGGAUAUUUACUGGAAAAAGGCCCAGGAAAACAUCAGUAAUGGCAAUACCGCCGCUUCACCCAAAGAAGAAGGCGGUUCGGCACUUUUGCGCGCAAAUUCGAUGCGCAAUCGCAUUCCGACCAAGCCAACAACUCGGAGAGAGCCGGAGACCAAGACGGAAGUAGUGGAGAACAAAAAGGCAGUGUCGGAGGCCAAGAAAGAAGUGACCAGGAUGCCUCUCAUCGCUGCAACCACCUCAACGAUGCCAAGCACCAUGUCUCUUUCCAGCAAGCGAUUGGCUGGGAUCGAGGACAUCGAUGCCAACGACAAGGAGAACCUGGUGCUGGUCUCCGAAUAUGUGAACGACAUCUAUGACUAUUUGUACCAGACGGAACAGCAACAACCCAUACACAAGGAUCACCUGGCCGGGCAGAAGGAGGUGUCUCACCACAUGCGAUCCGUGCUGAUCAAUUGGAUUAACGAUGUCCACUUGCAGUUCCACCUGACUCCAGAAACCUUUCAGCUAACGGUGACCAUUAUCGAUCGUUAUCUGCAAGUGGUUAAGGACACCAAGCGCAACUAUUUUCAAUUGGUGGGAGUGGCUGCUCUCUUUAUAGCCGCCAAGUACGAGGAGCGGUGUCGACCGACCAUCGUGGAUUUGGUUUUCAUCACGGACGACACGUACACAGCCCGACAGAUCCGUCAAAUGGAGCUGCAGAUCUUAAAAGCCAUCGACUACAAUCUGUCGCGUCCGCUGCCGAUUCAUUUCCUGCGGCGUUACUCGAAGGCUGCCGGCGCGGACGAUAAGCACCAUGCCAUGUCCAAAUACUUCAUUGAGCUAGCUUCUGUGGAUUACGAUAUGGCAACCUAUAGGCCAUCGGAGAUUGCAGCUGCUUCGCUGUUCCUGUCGCUGCACUUGCUCAAUGGAAACUAUCGGGCUGGGACAGGAUUCAACGACCGCCACUGGACUCCCACCUUGACCUACUACUCGCGUUAUUCGGCUGCCCACUUGCGACCCAUUACACGGCUAAUUGCGAAGCUGGCCCGGGAUGCUCCCCAGGCCAAACUGAAGGCCAUCUACAACAAGUACCAGGGGAGCAAGUUCCAGAAGAUUGCCCUGCGAAUGGAGCUAAGCGGUGCCCUAAUGGACUCAAUCGUGGGCCAGAGUCAAUGGAAGUAGUUGGGCGGAAACAAUAUAUUUUAUCAGUGCUAUUUUAACUUG